AUGGAGGAGUCACAGAAUUAUGGUCACCGACAUCCCUUGCUUCUUCUUUUGAAUGAACAUCAGCCGAUUGUAGCUAACUGCUCAAGGUGUGGAGAGAAGGUGUCAACUCCAUGUUUUAGCUGUGCCCAGGAUUGUGGGUUUUAUCUUCACAAGGUAUGUGCCGAGGCACCUUUGGAGCUUAAUCACCCUUUUCAUCUCGACCAUCCUCUUCUUCUUAUGCAGACUGCACCUUAUUCAUUUGGACACUACAUUUGUGAUUUUUGUCAUAAAGAGGAUAAUAAGUUUGUUUAUCAUUGCUCUUGCGAAUUGGACUUUCAUAUUAAAUGUGUUUUGUUUACAUUUAAUAUUGCUGAGAAUAAUUUGAAAGAGCUUGACCAUGUUGCCCUUCAUGAUCCAUUGAUUUCCACUGAAAAUGGUGAUUAUGUUGCCAUGUGCUUUGGGUGUUGCGAACCAUUAGCAAAUUAUACACAUUUUUCUCCAGAUUUUGGAUUUAAUUUACAUGAGAAAUGUGCGAAGCUUCCUCUCAAAUUGAAUUUUACGUACCAUUGCCAACAUCCUCUUGUUUUACAAUUUAACAAUGGAGAGACUUUCUUGCAAGAUAUGCAAAGAAACUAG